AUGUCAUCCAGAAUCACUCGCUCCUCCACGAGGCUUGCCACAGAUCCAUCUCCCUCUACAGACCCUGGUGCAUCGACAAACCUCGCCGCUGGUCCGGCCCCCCUCUCGGAAACCCAUCUCCUCCGUCACCUCCCCGGAGAUCCAAACGACAGCGGACCGCGGCUUCAAACACUGCUCCUGCGGUUCCUGCUCCCGCUCCUCGCCGAGGCCUCCGCAGCCGCCCAGCCAUGUCGCAACCGGGGUCGACCUACCGCAACACAAUCCCCACCGCCACGGCGACAGAAGAAGCGGUCGACAAAGACAAAUCCUGAUGUCCUAAUGCGAGAAGCCGAGGAAGACCUGGAAGAGCAAGAUCACAAGGAAGAACAAGAAGCGUCUCCUACUGGCGAUAGCAAUGAUGGCACCAACCCUUCAGCAUUCGAUGAAGACGACAUGGAUCCGUUUAGUAGCAGCCUUUUUGGAGGCCGAGGUCCGAUGCAGCUGCAGAAUACGCUUCGUGCGCUGAGUGGCAUGAUGUCGGGCAUGACUUCGCGGCUUCGGGAUAUUCUCUGUAAUCUGAGGGCCAAAGAAGACCCAUCCCUCCAAUUGAUCGCCCUCCAGGAACUGUCAGACCUCCUGCUCGUGUCCAAUGAAGACAAUUUGGCAGGCCACUUUGCGGCAGAUGCUUACGUGAAGGAACUAGUGACAUUAAUGCAGCCCAAUGAGUUUGGCGAGGAGAACCCGGAAAUUAUGCUUCUUGCCUGUCGCUGUCUGGCCAACUUGAUGGAAGCCUUGCGUGGAUCUGUGGCCAAUGUUGUCUACGGUGGCGCGGUUCCGAUCCUCUGUCAGAAGCUCCUGGAUAUUCAGUUCAUUGAUCUGGCUGAACAGGCCCUGAGUACUCUGGCCAAAAUAUCAGUCGAUUUUCCCGCUUCAAUCGUUCGAGAGGGCGGGCUGACGGCAUGCCUGACCUACCUCGACUUCUUCCCUACCAGCACCCAGCGCACUGCUGUGACGACGGCAGCCAACUGUUGUCGCAACCUUCCUCAUGACUCGUUUCACGUGGUGCGGGACGUUAUGGCGACUCUGUUGAAUGUACUCUCCAGCAAUGACCCCAAAGUCGUGGAGCAAGGCUGCUUGUGUGUUUCGCGGAUCGUCGAGAGUUUCAAGUAUCGAUCCCAAAACCUGGAAGAGUUGAUCGACCCUCAGAUGCUGAAAGCAGUCCUUCGGCUGCUGCUGCCUGGAACGACCAAUCUUAUCGGUCCGCACAUUCAUACGCAGUUUCUCCGUGUAUUGGCGAUCGUGUCCAAAGCCAGCCCCCGUUUGUCAAAUGAGCUACUCAAGAUGGACGUGGUAGAUACCCUCUAUCAGAUCCUUACGGGCGUCUCUGCCCCUCAGGAUCUGGAUAACACGGCUGUCAAGAUGGACAGUGUUCUGGUAAUGCAAGCCUUGAUCCAUCGGCCUCGGGAACAAGUUUUCGAGACGCUCAAUGUUGUUUGUGAACUAUUGCCUGGUGUUCCCAACCACGAAGCAUCACGGACGGACAGCCUUCUCAGCUCCUAUUUCGACGACACGAUGUCAAUCGGGUUGAAGUCAUCCAAGACAAAAGAAACGACCGAGGAGAGGCGCACCUUAUUGGUGGACUGCAAAACAGAGCUUAAGCGGUUCGCGAUGAUCUUGUUUCCAACCCUCACCGAUGCCUACUCUAGCACGGUCAAUCUCCACGUCCGCCAGAAGGUGUUACUUGCCCAGCUCAAGAUGCUGCAUAUAUUGGAGCCUGCUCUGAUUGAGGAGGCUUUGCGUACGGUGCCUUAUGCAUCUUUCCUGGCUGCUAUCCUCUCGCAGAAGGACCACCCCUCUCUUGUAUCGCUGGCUCUUCGAUGCUCUGAGCUGCUGUUCCAACGACUCGAGCACGUCUAUCAACACCAGUUCCAUCGCGAAGGUGUUAUCUCCGAAAUCGUCAAACUUGCAGAUGCUCCCCUUCCCUCGACCAAGGAGCCUCGCGAUUCCUCUGGCAUUGUCGACAUGGACACCUCGGCGCAUUCGUCGUCCCAAGGUCGCUUGGCUGCCGAAGACGCCAACAAUGGUAGAAAUGAAGACCACGAUGUGGAAUAUGACGAGGCCGAUGAUUACGAUGAAGAUGAGGACGAAGAUGAAGACGAGGACAUGUCGGAAUCGGAGAGCGCCGUUUCUGGCCUCCCGUCCCCAGCAAGAACAGACAAUGCAAUCAAAGACGCAAUCAUCGAGGAUGCGCAUGCCUUUGUCAAGGUGUAUGAAGAAAGCCAUGGCAGCGGGGUGCGUACCGAGGCCCUCAAAAUUUUGGCCGAACUGCAAUCCCUCGCCGCCGAGAUACGGAAAUCCUACGCCGCCAGCGGUAAUGGCAAUGGUCUUCCCCUUUUCAAAAGAUUGGCAUCGUAUUUCGAUGGAGACGCCCUGGAGAGCAUCACUAGCGCAGAACUCCUUAACUCGGGAAUUAUUGAGGUUUUGUUGGACGUUCUCGGUAAUUUCCAAGGUAAGUCAUACCCCCCUUUUUUCAUUCCUCCCUCUACUGGCUACACGCUUGAAACACGACUUCCAUUGCUCUGUCACUCACGAUCGCCAGCACCAUGCACACGCCAUGCCCGAGCUGCAUUCCUCCAAGCAUUUAUGGGUGUAACAAUCUCGGAGAAGGCCCAAAGCCAGAGCACGGCCACUACACCUUUUAGUGUUCUGAUUCGAAAGUUGCAGGACCUGUUGAGUCGGACUGAGCACUUUGAGGUCAUCACUGUCAGCCAUAACUCGUUGGAGAAUACGCGCAGCAACGCUGCGUAUAUGCUUGCAAAACAACUCAGGCUCAAACUGGUUGCCGAGGACGAGUCAGACAUCCCGCGUCACUAUAAAAAUAUCAUGGUAUCAAUCCACGCUAUAGCGACAUUCAAGGCAUUGGAGGACUUCCUUCAACCACGAAUCGCCAUGUCAGAACGUCCUCGUCAUUCUCGGGGCAGAGACUCCUCCAUCCUCUCCCAGAUUGCAAACGCAGCCCGGCUUCGCGACCAGCUUGCAUCCAAUUCGCCUGGGUCAUUCGCGGGAACAAACAUCCCAUCGCGCACAGGUGGUCCGCGAGGCCAUGGGGUUGACACUCCGUUCCAAGACCAUGAUCACCCGGAUGCGGCUCAACCACCUCAUCAGCGUUCGCAGCUCCAGGAAGAGGUUGAAGAGCAUGGCGAGGAACCACUGGAGUGCGCUGACGAGCGGCAAUUGAGUGACGAUGAAGAUGACGAUGAAGAUGAAGAUGAUGGCGGUGAACCGGACGAGGAACUCAACGCAAUUGUCGAUGACUUUGAUGAGGAGCUUGAAGAUGACAACAUUCAUGACCCCACGGCCGUCAAUAUGGAAGUGGGCUCCUCGGGCAAGGUAACAGCACGCAAAGAGGAUGGGACUCGUGUCGGAACUCCCUCUCAGUCCACACCUGCGUCUAAACCUUCAUCAUCGGCGCCUGGUACGUCUUCUCCGCAUCCCACAAGCAACACCUCUCUAGCCACCGCCGGGCGGCCGUUUGCUUCAUACGCCGCAGCAAUGGCCUCCACUCCCCAGGACUGGCACAUUGAGUUCAGUGUAGAUGGCAAGCCCAUCUCGAGUGAUACAACCAUCUACCGUGCGGUCCACCACAACCGUGAGCACCUUGACGAGGUCAGUGCUAAGAAUGUCUGGGCCCUCGCUCAUACCGUCACCUUCAAACGAGUCCCUGGUCCUCCGCCUGCGGAGCCCUCGACUCUCACGACACCUUCGCAAGACGCCACUACCGAUGGUGACGGCCUCGAGAUGCCGUCUUCUCUCAGCAAGGAGGCGACAACCGCAUCGAUCCUUCGCCUACUCCGUGUCCUACAUGAGAUGAAUGCGACGAUCGAUGACAUCUUGACCGACACUCGAGACCUUGUCACUAUCACCCCAGAGCCUCUGGCCCAAUUCAUCAACACCAAGCUCACGGCCAAGGUGAACAGGCAACUCGAGGAGCCAUUGAUCGUGGCAAGCAGCUGCCUUCCUAGCUGGAGCGAAGAUUUAGCUCGGUUAUUUUCUUUCUUGUUUCCCUUUGAGACGCGACACUUGUUCUUGCAGUCUACUUCCUUUGGGUAUUCUCGAGCGAUGAUGAGGUGGCAAAAUUCCCAAAGUACUGAGGACAGCCGGCGCGACUUGCGUCGCGAUGAUCGCCCAUUCCUUGGUCGGUUACAACGACAAAAGGUGCGGAUCUCGCGCGCUCGCAUUUUGGACUCCGCAAUGAAGGUCAUGGAACUCUAUGGGUCUUCACCAAGCAUUCUCGAGGUUGAGUAUUUCGAGGAAGUUGGUACUGGACUCGGCCCUACGCUUGAGUUCUACUCGACUGUCUCAAAAGAAUUCUCGAAGAAGAAGCUCAACAUCUGGAGAGAAACUGAUGGUAGCUCUGCCGUCGAGUAUGCUUAUGGUAAACGUGGACUGUUCCCGGCUCCCAUGAGCGACGAGCAAGCGGCGCAGGAAUUGGGCAAGAAGCAGUUGAACGUAUUCAAAAUCCUGGGCAAAUUCGUUGCUCGCUCCAUGCUUGACUCCCGGAUCAUCGAUAUUUCUUUCAACCCGGCCUUCUUCAGAAUUGCCGAUACUCUGUCCUCGGUGGCGCCAUCACUGGGCACCGUCAAAGCUGUGGAUCAAGAUCUGGCCAAGUCUCUGAUCAUGCUCAAGCGAUUUGCACAUGCCAAGACUGCCAUUGACGGGGAUAAGUCGCUGUCGCCAUCACAAAAGUCGCAAGCGUCACAGGAGGUUGUGGUGGAUGGUGUUCGCGUUGAUGAUUUGGGCUUGGACUUUACACUCCCUGGUUACCCUGCUAUUGAUCUGGUUCCGGAUGGCUCCAACGUUCCUGUGACCAUUGAAAACGUUGGUUCCUACGUGGACAGGGUUGUCGACAUGACCCUGGGCAGUGGGGUCAGACGUCAAGUGGACGCUUUCCGCAUAGGAUUCUCCCAAGUCUUCCCUUACACUGCCCUUCGGGCCUUCACGCCCAGUGAGCUAGUCAUGCUUUUCGGUCAGGCAGAGGAGGAUUGGUCUAUGGAGGCGUUGAUGGAUUCAAUCAAGGCCGACCAUGGUUUCAACAUGGAUAGCCGGAGCGUGCGCAACUUGCUACAGACCAUGAGCGAAUUGGACGCCCAAAAACGCCGGGACUUCCUGCAAUUUGUUACGGGUAGCCCCAAGCUCCCCAUCGGCGGUUUCAAGAGUCUCACGCCCAUUUUCACCGUGGUGUGUCGCCCAAGCGAACCUCCAUACACCCCAGACGACUAUCUGCCCAGCGUUAUGACCUGUGUCAAUUACCUCAAGCUGCCUGACUACAGCAGUCUGGAUGUCCUCAAGGAACGGAUAUCGGUCGCCAUCAAGGAGGGACAAGGGGCUUUCCAUUUGUCUUGA